AUGUGCCCUAAGAACCAGGCUUCAGCAAAACCUGGGUCCCCAGCUGUGGCCAUGCUGAGCUCCAGUGGAUUUCCCUGCUGCCGUUGUGUUAAUCCAGGGGCCCUUAUGCAGCCCCCCGCCCUUAGUCUGAGAGGAGUCCUCGCAACAGAGGCCAGCCAAGGACACAUGCAGGGAGGAGUGGGUGAGAAGGUGGGUGGCACUCCAGCCGUGGCUCCGGUGGGGCUCAGGCCGCAAGACCCUGCGGGACCGAGGAGGGCAUUGGAGCCUGGCUGUGGGGCUGGCAAAAAGGGGCGGGGCGGGCCCACUGUGUGCCCCUCACAGGCACCAUUGUAUGACACACAUGCCUCAGCAUGUGCCUGCUGCCAGCCUUAG